AUGUUCCGUCAAAGCAUCGCUCGCCCUGUCGCCUCCGCCAACCGUCUCGUUGGAAACCGUUCGUUCUCUGCCAUCGCUCCCAGGAUGGGUGAAGGUGACACUGGUGCCCCCAAGUCGGGCGGUGCUGCUUCAUCGGACUCGUUCUCCCGCCGUGAAGCCGCAAACGAAGCCGUCUACAUCAAGCAGCAGGAGCAGGAAAAACUCCAGGCCCUCAAGAAGAAGCUUUCCGAGCAGCGCGAUCAACUCAAUGAGUUGGAACAGCAUGUUGACGAACUGAGCAAGGGCAAGCAGCAGUAG